CUCGCCAAUUUGAACGAGUUGCAGAAAACACAGGAAUACGCCUUUGUAGCUAGUUCUAGAACAACGGCAAAGUAUGCGAUUCGCGCAUCGCCGUACGACGGGAAAGAGAGAAGAACCAGACCCGUCUCUUUCGCUUGGGAGGGACGACGCCGGCGAACAAGAAGAAGCUAGCAGCCUAGCACUCGACCGACGACCAGCCUCGACGACGCGGCGCUAGGAGAGCUGCUCCUGAGCUCCAGCUCCCCACCCGACCACCGUAGCCGUUGCGCCCGCCGCGGCCGUAGCAUGAGGUGGCCACCGCCGAUCUCGCUUCGCCGCCUCCUCUUCCUCUUCUUCGUCCUCGUCGAUGCCCUCUGCUCGAUUCCUGGGACUUUUUCAUCAAGGCUUGUCACACUUGAUACCAUUGAUAUAUUUACUACUCAUGAAUGGUUCCCCAGCAAGCCGAUUGUAUAUUUCCGUUGCAAUGGAGAUAACAAGAUAUAUUUGCCUGAUGUCAAGGAGGCAAACUCGAUAUAUACUUUUAAGGGUCAAGAAUCAUGGCAGCCCUUAACAGAGCUUCCUGAAAAGAAAUGCAAGCGAUGUGGUUUUUAUGAAGAGGAUACAUUCAAACGUGAUGAUGUGUUUGAUGAAUGGGAGUUGUGUUCUAGCGAUUUCAAAGACGGCAAAUACACCCACUUUAAGGAAGGCCAGUUCAAUGCAACUUUCCUAUGCCCAAAUUGUACUGCCUCUGCUGGUGAUUCUGGAACUCAUGAGUCUGCCUCGGAGGUGGAAACUAAGAAGACAUCCGUUGUGGUUAUCAUAGUAGUCAGUGUCCUUGCUUCAGUCAUUCUCAUCAUUGCCUUGUUCGUGGGCUACAAAUACUGGCAGAAGAAAAGGAGGGAGCGAGACCAGGCGCGAUUCCUCAAGCUCUUCGAAGAGGUAGAUGACAUUGAAGACGAACUGGGCCUUGGCAAUGAACUCUAAGACAGCGCGCACAGUCUAACUACUGAUCUUUUCAGAUGUAUUUUCCACGUUGUCAUGUAUAAAACGGGCAAUUUUUUAUUUGAAAUUUUGUAGUGUAUAGCAUACCCAUAGUUUAAAGAAAUGAUUCUGACAAAACUGUGAUUCAAUUCAUCAAUGUUUCUCCUGA